GUGUGUGUCUGUGAGUGUGAAUGUGUGUGUGUGCAUGUGAGAGUGGGUGGCCCCAGUGACCUGGCUAAGCUCACCACCUCCACCUGGGCCCUCUAUCCCCAACAUGUGUACCCCUCUCUUCUGCCCCGGAGCCUGUGCAGCCCGGCCACGCUGCCCUGGAGAGGUCUAGAAAGCUGGUCAGUAACUUUGCAGACGGAUGAGCUCUGAGCAGCCAGAGGAGACUGGGGCUGUCCGCGCAGCCCCCUGUCCUGCCAGUUUGGAUCCCCUCGCAGGGUCCUCCUAGACUCCCGACCAGAGCCCUGACCAUGGACCCCUGACGCGGCUCCGACUUCCUGAGUUCAGUGGAGACCUCCCCACCCCCGGCCCUUCCUGCCCCUCCCGCCGCCAGCUUUCAGGCUCCCAGAGGGAGGGGUGGGGAGGGGGUCCUGGGCUCACGGGGCGGGGGGCAUCCAUCAUGAUGCUCAACUCAGACACCAUGGAGCUGGACCUGCCCCUCACCCACUCGGAGGCCGAGUCCGGCUUCAGCGACUGUGGGGGCGGGGCGGGCCCCGGCGGGGCGGGGCCCGGGGGGCCGAGAGGGGGCCCGGCCCGGGGCCUGGAGCCCGCAGAGCCGGGCAGGAAAGACCUGCAGCACUUGAGCCGCGAGGAGCGCCGGCGCCGGCGGCGCGCCACGGCCAAGUACCGCACGGCCCACGCCACGCGGGAACGGAUCCGUGUGGAAGCCUUCAACCUGGCCUUCGCCGAGCUGCGCAAGCUGCUGCCCACGCUGCCCCCCGACAAGAAGCUUUCCAAGAUUGAGAUCCUGCGCCUGGCCAUCUGCUACAUCUCCUACCUGAACCACGUGCUGGACGUGUGAACGCGGCCUGCCUCCCCCUGGGUCCACCCGUCUGCCCCGCGCCUCGCCGGGGUCCCUGCUCACCCGCUCCCUGCUUAGAACGGCCUCUCCU